AUGGACACUCAAUCACAACAACAUCAUAAACAAGAAUUCGUCGAAGUAGAAGGAGAAGAAAAUCGGCUGUUACAAUCCGAAGAAUGUGAGACAAUACCAUUAUCCACGCCGCUGUCCUCUCUAUCAACAACGUUAGAUGAUGGAAACAAAGAGGACUAUGUUUACGCGGCUAAGGACAAGGUUCGUAUUUUCGACUUGGAGUCAAACGGAAAUAGUACCGGAUCAACGGUGGUUCCUCCGUUUUCAUGGAAGAAGCUCUGGCUCUUUACUGGGCCAGGGCUUCUAAUGAGCGUGGCAUUUUUGGAUCCAGGAAAUUUGGAAGGAGACUUACAAGCCGGUGCGAUUGCAGGGUAUUCGUUGCUUUGGCUUUUAAUGUGGUCCACCAUCAUGGGACUCUUCAUACAACUUCUAUCCGCGAGGCUUGGUGUCGCCACAGGGCGCCACCUUGCAGAGCUUUGUAGGGAGGAGUAUUCCAAUUGGGCUAGAUUAGUUUUGUGGUUCCUAGCUGAGUUGGCUUUGAUUGCAGCUGAUAUUCAAGAGGUUAUUGGUAGUGCUAUUGCUCUUAAGAUUCUUAGCCAUGGUGUUCUUCCCAUUUGGGCAGGUGUUGUAAUCACUGCCUUUGAUUGUUUCUUCUUUCUAUUUUUGGAGAAUUAUGGAGUAAGAAAGUUAGAAGGUGUUUUCGCUAUUUUCAUUGGAACUAUGGGCUUUUCUUUUGCAUGGAUGUUCUUUGAUACAAAGCCUAGUGAAGAAGAACUUCUUAUGGGUCUUUUAAUCCCUCGAGUAAGCUCAAAAACACUUCGUCAAGCAGUUGAAAUUGUAGGCUGUGUGAUAACCCCACAUAAUGUAUUUCUCCAUUCAGCAUUAGUACAAUCAAGAGACAUUGACAUACGCAACAAAGGCCAAGUUCAAGAAGCUCUAAAUUACUACACAAUCGAGUCCUCAAUCGCACUUUUAAUCACAUUAGUGAUCAAUCUAUCUGUGAUAACAGUUUUUGCUAGAGUAUUCUAUAAUACAGAACAAGCCAAAGACAUAGGAUUAGUAAAUGCAGGACAAUAUCUUGAAGAUAAAUAUGGUGGUGGAUUUUUUCCAAUUCUAUAUAUUUGGGGUAUUGGUUUAUUAGCAGCUGGACAAAGUAGCACAAUUACUGGUACCUAUGCUGGACAAUUUAUAACUGAAGGUUUUUUAAAAUUGAAUAUUAAGAAAUGGUUAAGGGCAUUGAUUACUAGAAGUUGUGCUAUUGUUCCAACUAUGAUUGUAGCAAUUGUUUUUAAUACUUCUGAAGGUUCUUUGGAUACUUUGAAUGAAUGGCUUAAUGUCCUUCAAGCUAUACAAAUUCCUUUUGCACUUAUUCCUCUUCUUACUUUGGUUUCUAAACAAGAGGUUAUGGGAACAUUUAGAAUUGGGCCUCUUUUAGAGAGGGUGGCAUGGACAGUGGUGGUGCUUGUAAUAAUGCUUUAUGGGUAUAUGUUAUUAGAUUUCUUUCUCUCUGAAGUGAAGGGAUUAUUGUUUGGAUUUUUAGUCUUCCUGGGUGCAGCAGCAUGGAUUUCAUUUAUUGUAUUUCUUCUACAACAUAGUGGUGCUAUUUCUUCUAUCUUGGUCAGAUCUCCACAUUCUGAAGGCUUUUCUCUUGCAAGAAAUUAA